AUGCAACAAGCUAGACGCACUUAUGACUUGGUGACUAUUGACUUAUCACUUAAGACACCACCCUGGGACAUAUUACUGUAUAAUGAAAGAUGUACGUAUGAGUACAGUAACGACCGAAAAGUGGACCUGUAUUGCACUUUUCCCCGAACCAAUUACACCACAUUAUACUCGAUUAAAAUGUACAAAUACACAACCUUGUUAUACUCGAUAGAUAUGACAAACAACAAUGGUACGGGGUGUUUAUCAACGAGCACUGCCCGACAAAUGAACUCAACUAUACGCCUAAAUCAAGAUCACGUGGUCAUAACCAUACCUCACCCCACCGAUACGACCAUGGGCAAUUAUUCGUGUCAAUUCAAUUACCUGGAUAUUACCCAUAAUUCCCAAUUAAUUUAUUCCACUUUAAUGCCCGUAUGUAAUAAGAAAUCGUGGGAUCGAUUGCGCUAUGGUUUGGGUCAAUGUUACCGAAGCGACAUAAUCGGCGAUUAUAAACAGGAUCAUUACCAGGAUAAUUAUACAUACUAUGAAUCGUGUGUGUAUAGCACAAACGGGAGUGCCCAGGUGACAUUAGUUACCGCUGUGUUGAGUGCUUGCUUACUUAUGCUCGCGCUCACUUAAGUAAUAAUUUUAUAUUUGUAUAUUUUCAUAUAAAAUCUAAUAUUUAUGAGCAUGUUAAUGAUUUUUAAUCAAAUUUUUCUGUG